GCUGUGCCGCGCGUUGAGUUCUGAACUGUCGGGUCCUUCUACUUCUAUUGUGUAGUUAUUGUAUGAAUAUUUAAUAGGUGUUAUAACUAGUUCGCGGCCGAUAACUCCUGUAACGUGUGAUAGGUGCAUUUAUACCGUGGUUCAAGUUCAGUGUCAAUGCUUGGAUAGAGGAUACCUGCAGACUAUACCGCAACAAAGGACUCAGAUGCGCACUGUGGAAACUGGAGAAGCUCAGAAUAACUCGGACAAAACUUCAUUGUUGUUCGUCAGUGAACAUAGUUUAAGAACUGAAUUGGUGUGGUGUGUUUUAUGUGGUAACUAGUUUGAAGGUGAUUGGAGAGUGAUUUGUGUUCAAACGAAUUGAGGAAAAAGUAACAUAACACAACAACAACAAAAAAACAAGAACAAUGAGUUCCGAAAUUGACAAUCCUGCGAUUGAGCACCGGGCUAAGCCACCUCUGCCGGGUGAUGAGAUCGUCAUUUCCGGUAUUGCUGGACGGUUCCCAAAUUCAGACAGUGUGAAGGAAUUCGGUUACAAUUUGUAUAACAAAAUCGAUAUGGUUGACGAUCUGGAAACUCGCUGGCGCCACAGUAAUGUGGAGAUUCCGCGUCGGAUGGGAAAGGUCAAUAACCUGGAGAAGUUCGACGCUACGUUCUUCGGUGUGCACUUUAAACAGGCUCAUACCAUGGAUCCGCAAUGCCGUAUACUGGUGGAGCAUGCCUACGAAGCCGUCAUUGACGCUGGUGUGAAUCCGAAAACAGUCCGUGGUUCACGAACUGGAGUGUUUGUUGGUGCCUGUUUUGCUGAGUCGGAGAAAACUUGGUUCUACGAAAAGAUAUCUUCGGGUGGUUUCGGUAUUACCGGUUGCUCCAGGGCAAUGAUGGCAAAUCGGAUAUCCUAUACCAUGGGUUUGAACGGGCCGUCGUUUCUGUUAGACACUGCUUGCAGUAGCUCCAUGUAUGCGUUAGAUUGCGCAUUCAAUGCUAUUCGUAAUGGAGAAUGCGAUGCUGCCAUCGUGGGUGGAUCGAAUUUGUUGCUUCAUCCAUACGUUACGUUGCAGUUUGCUCGUCUGGGUGUCCUGGCUGCGGAUGGCUAUUGUCGACCGUUCGACAAGGAUGCUUCCGGUUAUACUCGAUCAGAAGCCAUCUCUGUGGUGUAUCUGCAGAAAGCGCGUGACGCCAAACGCAUCUACGCUAAUCUUGUUUAUUCCAAGACAAAUUGCGAUGGCUUCAAGGAGGAAGGUAUAACUUAUCCGUCAGGGUUGAUGCAACGUCGAUUACUCACGGAAUUCUACCAAGAAAUCGGUAUUGAUCCUUCAACCGUCGACUAUGUUGAAGCCCAUAGCACCGGUACUGUAGUGGGCGAUCCCGAGGAAUGUGCAGGAUUGGACAAAAUUUUCUGCACCGGACGUAAGAAGCCAUUACCCGUUGGAUCAGUAAAGUCAAACAUUGGUCAUUCGGAAUCUAGCUCUGGCAUUUGCUCAAUCGCUAAAAGUGUGUUGGCAUUUGAAAAUUUGAUGAUUCCACCCAACAUUAACUUCACCGAUCUCCGAAAGGAUAUUCCUUCGCUAGUUGAAGGAAGGUUGUUUGUCGUCUCUGAACCAAUACCGUUGGAAGGUCCGUUGAUAGCUGUGAACUCGUUUGGUUUCGGUGGAGCCAAUGCUCAUGCAUUACUCAAAGGUAACACAAAGGAGAAAGUUAACGGUGGCGUUCCAGACGAUAAUCUUCCAAGACUGAUUACCUGGUCUGGCAGAACUGAGGAAGCUAUCGAUGCAAUUCUAACCGAUAUGAGCAACCGUCAUUUAGAUGCAGAAUAUGUGGCACUCUUGCAUAAUGUUCAAAGCGAGUCAAUCCCCGGCAAUGUAUUUAGAGGCUAUGGAGUAUAUGCUAAGAACGAAACCGAAAAUGCCAUUUGUUUGGGACGGGAUUGUCAGCACUACACUGGUUUGAAACGACCCCUAGUCUGGGUGUUCAGCGGAAUGGGAUCGCAGUGGACAGAGAUGGGUAGUUCCUUGAUAGAUAUACCGAUCUUCCGAAAUUCCAUCGAAAACUGUCAUCGCAUUCUGGAAAAGAGAGGUCUUAAUUUGAUGGAAAUUUUGACAUCGAAAGAGUGUAAAUACGAAAAUAUUCUACAUUCAUUUGUUGGAAUCGCAGCGGUACAGAUCGGCAUCGUAGACGUGCUUCGGUCAUUAGAUAUUGAACCUGACUAUGUCAUCGGACAUUCGGUUGGAGAGUUGGGAUGUGCAUAUGCAGACAACUGUUUCACGGCCGAACAGAUGAUUCUUUCGGCCUAUUCUCGUGGUAUGGCGAGUUUGGAAACUAAAACUGUAUUCGGUUCAAUGGCCGCCGUUGGGUUGGGUUAUCGUAAGAUUCGAACAAUGCUGCCAUCGGGUAUUGAGGUCGCCUGUCACAACGGGCCGGAUUCGUGUACAAUUUCUGGUCCGAAACAAAAUGUAGAAUCCUUUGUAAAGGAGCUUACGGGCAAGGGUAUCUUUGCGAAAGAGGUUCCAUGCUCCAACAUACCGUACCAUAGUAAAUACAUUGCCGAAAUGGGACCACGUCUUUUGGCACGUUUGAAUGAAGUGAUUCCCGAACCAAAGAAGCGUUCAUCCAAGUGGUUGAGCUCUUCCGUACCCAAAAUUCGUUGGGAUCAAACCGAGAGUCAAUAUUCAUCGGCUCACUACCACACGAACAAUCUGUUAAGUUCAGUUUUGUUCGAGGAAACCUCGGCACUGCUUCCAAACAACGCAAUGACCAUCGAAAUCGCUCCGCAUGGUCUCCUGCAGGCUAUUCUGAAGAAAUCAAUGCCAAAUGCGGUUCAUAUUGGUUUGACCAAACGUGGCAAUAGAGAUAAUGUUCAAUAUUUGUUUAACGCUCUUGGAAAAUUGUACGUUAACGGCUUGGACAUUCCAGUAUCGCGACUAUACCCACAAGUGCAAUUUCCAGUAUCCCGUGGAACACCGAUGAUCUCGCACUUGGUUCGAUGGGAUCACAGUGAGGACUGGUUUGUGACGAAAUUCGAAAUGCAGAAGUCCUCCAAGAGUGGUGAGCGUCGUGUGAAGAUUAAACUUAGUGAUCAGGACUACAGUUACAUCUCUGGCCACGUAAUCGACGGUCGUGUACUGUUCCCAGCAACUGCAUAUUUACAUCUAGCUUGGGAAACACUGGCUAUGGUUCGGGGACCAAUGUAUUUCGAUUUAGAAGUCGAGUUUGAAGAUGUAAAGUUUUUGCGGGCGACUUCAAUUGCCAAGGACCAGGAAAUCGAGUUUACCGUGAUGCUGCAACCGGGAACCGGCCGAUUCGAGAUUACCGAAGGAUCCGCAGCAGUGGUGACUGGUUAUGUCAAACACGUUGAAAAUAUUCAGCUCUCCCAAAUUCCGGAUCCACCAGAGAGCGAUUACCCCAUUCUUCAAGCACGCGAUUUCUACAAGGAACUGCGUCUCCGAGGAUAUCACUAUAACGGAGCGUUCCGAUCGGUGAAAGAAGCACGCGCCGAUGCUCGCUGCGGAAAAGUUAACUGGGAAUUAAACUGGGUGUCCUUUUUGGAUUGUCUACUACAAUGUUGCAUCGUGGGCAAGGAUAGCCGUUCACUUAUGAUUCCAACAGGAUUGGAGCGCAUGCGAAUCGAUCCCAAAAUGCAUCUGGCCAUCGCCAAUACAAUGGAUGAAGGCCAGCAAGUUUUCGACUUCAAGUACUCGGAAGUGCUCAACACAAUACGUUGUGGAGGUAUCGAAAUCAUUGGUCUGCAAGCUAGCACCGUUGGACGUAGGAAGCCCCCUGGCUAUCCCGUGCUAGAAUCUUAUCAGUUUAUCUCGCACAUUCCCGCUCCGAAGAUGUCUAAAUCUGAUGCUGUACGAGUGUGCGUUCAGUUGGCUCUCGAGAAUAUUCCGGUUCCGAAGGUUAAGGCCGUUGAAGUAGACUUCCACAAUGACACACCGAUAACUCCUCUCUUUGCUGAAGCUUUGGGGGACCUUCCGCUUGUAACAGCCGAUCUUAUGUUCCUCUCACAGCAGCAAAUAUCGUUGCCCACAGUGCACGUCGAGGAUGGCAAGCUCUCAACACAGUCGAACUGCCUUUUCCUGGUUUCAGUUCACUGCUUAAGUCGUCCAGAAUUGAUCGAGGAAGCGGCUAGCAGUCUGCACGAUAGCGGAUUCAUCCUUUCACGGGAGGCACCAAACCUAGCUUCAGAUAGCAUUGUGGCUCCAGCGGGAUAUCAACUUAUAGCAGUUAUCCCAGUUGAAAACGAAACGUACGUACUUUUGCAACGUAUCAAACGCAAGUACCUGGGAAGCCCCACCAUCAUUAGUCUUCCAGCUAACGAUGAACAAUAUCAAUGGAUCUCCAAACUUAGAGAAGCCAUGAAACAGGGAUCGGUUAUCGUAGUGUCUCAAGGGGAUCGCACUUCGGGAAUUAUUGGUCUAGUGAACUGUAUUCGCAAAGAACCGGACGGUGGAAUGGUUAGUUGUGUUUUUAUCGAUGACCCGAAAGCCCCGUCCUUUGAACUUGAUAACCCGAUCUAUAAGGUUCAUUUAAAGCUAGGCCUCGCUAUUAACAUCUACCGAAAUGGUCGGUGGGGAACGUAUCGCCAUCUUCAGCUAGUGCAGCCAGCAGUUACCAAACCUAGACGUGAUCAUUGCUAUGCUAAUGCUUUAACCAAAGGUGAUUUAUCAUCUAUGACAUGGUUAAGCGGACCGUUUAACCAGCGUAGACCGAAAGGAGAACUGGUACGAGUUAGCUACAGCUCAUUGAACUUCCGCGAUGUGAUGUUUGCUGCCGGUAAACUGUCAGCUGAUUUUGCCAAUCUAACCCGUAUCGAACAGCAGUGUGAACUUGGGUUUGAGUUUUCUGGAAUGGGCGAAAGUGGACGUCGUAUAAUGGGUAUGGUUACCACUGGUGCUAUGGCAACUCACGUGGAAUGUGAUGAUACCUUGACCUGGACUGUUCCGGAUAAGUGGACACUUGAAGAAGCGGCAACCGUACCUGUGGUUUACACCACCGUUUAUUGUGCUCUGUUCAUUAAUGCGCAUAUUCAAAAAGGUCAAUCUAUUCUUAUUCAUGCUGGAAGUGGUGGCGUCGGACUGGCAGCAAUUCGUGUAUGCUUUGCAUAUGGUCUAAAAGUAUACACCACGGUUGGCAGUCAAGCUAAACGAGAUUUCUUGUUGCAAACAUUCCCGAAACUUCAGGCAGAGGACAUAGGCAACUCGCGUGACACAUCCUUCGAAAAAAUGAUUAUGUACCGCACGAACGGAAAGGGGGUUGACUAUGUAUUGAACUCCCUAUCGGAGGAUAAACUUCAUGCUUCCUUGCGGUGCUUGGGUAAGUAUGGAAAGUUUUUGGAAAUCGGCAAAUAUGAUAUGGCAAAUGAUACCAAGCUUGGUCUGAACCGCUUCCUGCGAGCAUUGUCGUUCACCGCAGUACUGGUCGAUUUCCUUUUCACUGCUCCACCAGAAGAAAAGAUGGUUUUGAAGAAUAUGCUAGACAAAGAUAUUAAAUCCGGAAUCAUUGUACCACUGAAAAGUAACGUAUUUCCGGCUAGCGAAAUUGAGAAUGCUUUCCGGUUCUUGGCUAGCGGCAAACAUGUUGGAAAGGUUCUGCUGAAAAUUCGUGAAAAUCCGAACGAUGAUCAUUCGCUUCCAAUCGACUACCUCCCUCGAAUGUACUGCAAUCCAGAUCAUUCCUAUGUAGUUGUCGGAGGUUUGGGAGGGUUCGGUUUAGAACUUGCAGAUUGGUUAGUACUUCGAGGAUGCCGUAAGCUUGUAAUGAGCUCGAGUAAGGGUGUCUCCAAACCAUAUCAGGCAUAUAGAAUCAAAAUUUGGGAACAAUAUGGAGUAAAUAUUGUUGUAAACACCGAAAACAUUGCGACCAGAAAGGGAUGUGAAGCAUUGUUGUUAGCUGCUACCAAAUUGGGUCCCGUAGGUGGCAUCUACAAUCUAGCUGUUCAACUACGUGAUAGUAUUUUCGAGAACCAAACGGUGGACAAGUUUGCGGAAUGCAUGGGACCAAAGGCAUUGGCUACCAAAUACUUGGAUGAACUAAGCCGUAAAAUGUGUCCUCGCUUGGAAUACUUUAUCGUUUUCUCUAGUGUGUCCUGUGGACGUGGAAAUGGUGGUCAAAGUAAUUACGGUAUGGCAAAUUCUGUGAUGGAGCGACUCAUUGAGCAUCGUCAUGCCAACGGUCUUCCAGCCAAGGCUAUUCAGUGGGGAGCUGUUGGUGAAGUUGGUUUAGUAGCUGACAUGCAAGAGGAUAAGUUAGAUAUGGAAAUUGGAGGAACCCUCCAGCAACGCAUAUCUUCUUGUCUUCAAGAGCUAGACCCUCUACUGACGACACCGGAUCCUAUAGUCGCUAGUAUGGUUGUCGCCGAGAAACGCAUUCGAACUAGCGGAAAAGAUAACAUAAUCGAAUCAGUGAUGAACAUCAUGAGUAUUCGUGACAUAAAAUCGGUAUCGAUGGAUACUACGCUAUCGGAACUGGGUAUGGAUUCGUUAAUGGCCGUAGAGAUCAAGCAGACAUUGGAACGCGAGUACGAGUUAUUCCUUACACCUCAAGACCUUCGUUCGCUGACGUUCAUGAAGCUACAAGAGCUAACGGAAGCCAAGGCAAGUUCCGACGAGAACGUGAAACUAAAACUCGCCAACGAGAAAACACCAACCGGAGUUGCUAUGCUGCUGCGUAAUCUGGGCGAUGAAUUUAACAGUGAACACACGAUUUUACGAUUACAAUCUGAGAACGACUCAAAGAAAUAUAACGCCUGCGUCCUGUUGACACCCGGAAUCGAGGGAGUCGCUGGUAAUGCCUGGCACAACAUCGCUAGCCAACUAACUUUGCCAACUUUCAUUACUCAAUUGACGAAGACUAUCAACAUGACCAGCAUAGCAGAAAUAAGCGAAUUUCUAGCUAAUGAUGUAAUCGAGAACGUAUUCAAAGGGGCCGAACAUUUCUAUCUAGUCGGAUACUCGUUCGGUGCUUUUGUUACGUUGGAAUUAGCUCGGUUAUUGGAGGAAACCGGUAAACGUGGACAAAUUCUACUGAUUGAUGGAGCACCUAAGUUUCUUCAUAAACUGGCGGUUGAUCAAAUGUCAGAUAACUGGACGGAAGAAUCCAUUCAAAUCGUGUUGAUCGCCGGUAUUUUAAACACAAUAUUCCCCGAUGAAACCACUGAUGUACUACCAAUUAUAACCGAGUGUACUACAUUUGAAUCUCGCAUCGAUAAGUUACUGGAACUAGCAAAAGACCAGAACAUCUACUCUGAGGAAUAUCUGCGAAUGAUGACUAAGGCAUUAUUUAACCGUAUCAAGAUCACCCUGUUGACCGAUGUCAAUAAAAUCCAGCCUUUGGAGUCACCAAUUACGUUGGUUCGCCCUACCGAAGUAUCAGUUGUCGAUAUUGAGGAAGAUUACGGCCUAUCUGAGUAUACUAAAUCCAAUGUAAGCUUGAAAUUCCUGGAAGGUAAUCAUAUUACUAUGCUAGAGAACCCGAAAUUGACCCAAAUUAUAACCGAGUCUGAUCCAGUGCUGGAAUCGGAUCGUUUCUUCCAAAAGUAUCUACAGAGUAACGUUAUAGCUGAGUAGUUAACUCUAUUCUGCUCUCUACUUUCCACGAUUCGAUUGAACAUCACCUUAACAGAAAUGGCACCCGAAGAAAUAUUUUAUUUGAUAAUUUUAUUUAAUACACGUACAUAACAGGCACCUAAACCACAGUUCUUAUUAACAAAAAACUAUUUAUUUUCUCAAUAAAAAUUAAUUCGUCAUAA